AUGUCUCUCGCCACGGGCCGCCUGCGCGAGGAGCGCAAGGCCUGGCGCAAGGAUCACCCCGUGGGCUUCGUGGCGCGGCCCCGGAACGCGCCCGACGGCUCGACGGACUUGAUGGUCUGGGACGCGGUGAUUCCAGGCAAGAGCGGCGGCCUGUGGGACAACUGCGAGCUCAAGCUCGAGCUCACGUUCGGCGACGACUACCCGGUGACCGCGCCCAUCGUGAAAUUCAAGCCCAUCCUCUGGCACAUGAACGUCUGGGCCGACGGCCGCAUCUGCCUCAACCUGCUCAACGCCGAGGACGGCACGUGGCACGGCAAGUGGCAGCCGUCGAUCACGAUCAAGCAGGUGCUCCUCGCGAUCCAGGAGCUGCUCGACAACCCGUUCCCCGCGGGCGCGCGGCCCGAGGUCCAGGGCAUGUGGGAGAAGAACCGGCCCGCGUACGACAAGCGGAUCAAGGAGGAGGCGGCCAAGUACCGCGCCACGAGCGACGUCAUCGAGAUCGAGUAA